AUGGCUUUCCAAGUAUGCCAGUUUUUUCUGUUAAUCGCUUUGUUGCUCUCCUCGUUUGAUGGGAUUACAAAAUCCCAAGCCACAAAGCCCUCCAAACAUGGCGAAGUUCACCGCGCGAAAAGUGAGAUCGACUCGUUGAUUUCCAAGUUGACUUUAGAUUUGAAAUCUUUGAACGAAAAGGAAACAAAGGCCGAGGCUAUGCAGAGAGAUACUGCGAAAUUGACUCCCGUCGCCAAAGAAGAAAUCGCCCUGUUGAGGUCAGUUCAACAUCUUUUGGAAAAGCUCUCCAAGGGGAACACUUCGAGAUAUCAGUCCUGUAUGGUCUGGUCAGGCGGUAAAAUGCCAAUACGAAUUGCAACAGUAUCCCCACUGCCCAAGCACUUUACUAUAAGUGUAGCAGGUAAAGUUAAAAGAAUUUUUUCCCCGAAUUUAUAAACUGGAUAAAAGUAUUCACAUUUCAAUAUUUUUCAGCGAAUCGAAGCAAUAAAGUUCUUUCGAAACCUACUUUGAGCGAAGUGAAGAAAGUUAUGAAAACACUAAGAAAUAUUAAAUUCAAAUGACACAUUUGCGUUUUGAACUUUCAAAUAUUUAACGUAUAACAAGGGGAGGGAAGAAGAAAGAAAUCUUAAGUGAGAAUAGUAACAAAUUAUUCAACGUUUCAAAACUAUUGCUGACCUCUUAAACCAGUCAAUCAAUGAAUUCAGCCUAAUAUUCUACCAGUUUUACGAAGUGAAAUACCUACCCGUGAAAAUUAGUGUGAUAGAACCAAGAGUAAAUAAUAGCAUGUUUUGAUAGCACGUGAAAUAAGGUAUAACAAUAAAGAUCAGUUAUUUGUGGUAUUUAUUGCAUCAAAACGUGUCACUCCUUAAGUCUUCCUUACCUUCAUAUAUAAUAGGAAAUUAUCUUCUAUUCUCUUUUCAAGGCUGACUGGAAAAAAUUUUUCCCAGAUUUGGUUCUCACCCUUGAUCAAUAGUGAAAUACUUUGAAUGACUUGCGACAUUGAUUGACAUGAGUCUUCUCUCCUCAGUGAACCACCGAGAGAUGCUAGACCGCGGACGACUAACACGUGAAGAUGGCGAAGAUUUGCAGGUCUAUUACCAUGACAAGGGGCAGCAACCGUUCCAAAUUGACCGCGUUAUCAGUGGCCUGGAACAAAAUCAGCAACUGUCCACUUUCGACUGCAGGCUCCAAUAUCAUCCAACACCGCUGAUGACGUGUCUUAUUUUUUGGUCCUCGGUGCUUCGGUCAGCGGAAGUGCCAUGGAUGAUCCUGCCAAAGUGUACGCAUUUUUCGACGAUUUUUCGAGUGCGACGUUACAGAAAGAAUGGGUGA